AUGGGUGCCCUUAAGUACGUCGAGGAGCUUCAGAAGAAGAAGCAGAGCGAUGUUCUGCAGUUCCUCCUGCGAGUCCGCUGCUGGGAACUCCGCCAAUUGAAUGUCAUCCACCGCGCCUCGCGCCCCUCGCGCCCUGACAAGGCCCGCCGCCUCGGUUACAAGGCCAAGCAGGGCUAUGUCAUCUACCGUGUCCGCGUCCGCCGCGGUGGCCGCAAGCGACCCGUCCCCAAGGGUGCUACCUACGGCAAGCCCACCAACCAGGGUGUGAACCAGCUCAAGUACCAGCGCUCCCUCAAGGCCACCGCCGAGGAGCGUGUCGGCCGUCGCUGCGCCAACCUGCGCGUCCUGAACUCGUACUGGAUCAACCAGGACUCCACCUACAAGUACUACGAGGUCAUCCUCGUUGACCCCCAGCACAAGGCCAUCCGCAUCGACCCUCGCAUCAACUGGAUCGUCAACCCCGUCCACAAGCACCGCGAGGCUCGUGGCCUCACCGCCACCGGCAAGAAGUCCCGUGGUCUCAACAAGGGCCACCGCUACACCAAGACCCAGGCCGGCCGCAGAAAGACCUGGAAGAAGAACAACACCCUGUCCCUGUGGCGCUACCGAUAA